CCAGAAACACACACAAACAUGACCUCUUCUGCCUUCCAUUUCCAAGAAAAUUUUCUUCCUCUGUAGUCUAAAGAAAACCCCAGAAAAAUGAGCCCAUCUCAGAGUAUACAGAAUUCACUCCCACAUGAUAUUUCCCUCAAAAUAGCUUCAUCCCUUCAGGUUUUUGAUGUGUGUUCACUGGGGAGUUGCUCCAGGUUUUGGAGGGAGCUGUGCGGGUCGGAUUGUGUGUGGGAAGCUCUAUGCAAAGACAGGUGGCCUGCACGUGGUUUUGAUAAAGAUUAUUUUGCUUUUGAAGAUCAAAAUUUCGUGUUUGAUAAACGAACGGAUUCCAAUUUAAAGGGAUGGAGGGAGUUGUAUAUAAACAAGCACAAUGAAAUGGCUGAAAAGGCUUCUUUAGUAAUGAAUUUUGUGGAACGUGCUCUAGCUUAUGAGUCAAUUGAAGUUGGGAAUUAUUUGAAAGCUAUUGAAUUCAUGAAGUCAAUGCAGUUUGGAUUCGAAGAUGUCCAAAUGUUCUUUCUCAAACCAAAGCUCAAUGUGCUGUUCAAUUUGGUUGGCUUGCACUACUGCAUCAUAUGGCUUGAUGUACCGUCCAAAUAUGUCAUGGAAGCACUACAUAGCAACGAGAUUACGGAGAGGCAAGUAUGUGUCCAAUGGUGGAAGCUCGGCAGAUGGUUCCAUGGCUUUCGCUUACGUGAUGAAUUGCAUUCUCGUAGUGUCUCUUUGGGAGACUUAGCAUCAUCCAAUGAAGAAGUCCUAGGGGUGCUUCAUCGAGGCGCCAUUCAUGAAGUCUUGCGUGUUCAGAUAUCUGCUGUGAAGCCUACGUCCACAUCAUGGUCGCAUCAAGUUGCACAAAGUGAAUGAAUGAAGCUUCAAUAAGUUGUGCAAUUAUGUAUAUGUCUCUGUUUAGAUUAUUCUCUGAUUUAUGCUUUUAAAAGAUAAGUGAUGAUAAAUGUAUUGACAAUUUUAUCCCACUUUGAAAAAGGGAUUGAAUGGUCAGGAAGAACCCUCCUAGCUGUCCAAUAGGCACUUGUAAAUAUCAGGUAAAAGAAUGAGAAACUUUUGUAAAUAUUAAUUUCCUCAAACAUUCGAAAACUUUUUAUACCUUCGUUGGCAGUGUGGGGGAUCA